AUGGACCAAGACCUGGCCCGGGUGAAAAACGCGACCGGGUUGACGUUACUCUGCGUCGAUUUACCCGAGAAAAUCAAUCGCGCGAUGAUUGAAUUCGGGAUAAACUUAUUCGCGCAUCGCGUUUGCGACGGGGGGAGAUGGAAAGGCGCGAAAAUGCUCCCGAGGAGGCGGUUACAUUUCGCGUUCGUCGGGACGACGGAAGGAGGAGGAGGAACUGGUUCGCGAGUUGGGGAGUUUUUAUACGCGGAAGAGGAAGGUGAGGUGGAAAUUCGGACGUGGGACGCGAGGAACGAGCGGUUUUAUUCUUCUUCAUCUGAGCGGCGAAAUGGUGACCAACAUUUAACUGCAAAGGAGGAGAAGGAGGAAAAGGAAAAGGAAAAGGAACAAAAAGAGAGAUUGAUUUUAGGGGUGAAACGAGGUGAUUUCGACGCGGAACUGGGCGCCUACGAGGAAGAUUCGCGAGAAGAUUUACGGUGGAGAAGUUUAGUGAGCCUCAUAGAUUUAGAAUGUUUGAAACGAUGCGAAGUAGAACCUGGCGUGAUGUUCGUUCCAGGCGGCGUCGGGCGGUGUUUGGAUGCGUACGGGAGGAAGAAACGCUUGGCGAGAGACGUCGUCGAAGAGGAAGGAGCGAAGGAAGAAGAAGAGGAGGAUAGGAGAACGGCGAAGUUCACGUUUAAAGCGACAACGCGGGUACCUGAAGAUGCGAGCGCGGAGAUGUUGACGAAAAUUCACGUGGAUUGUAGGUUCAGAUUCGAGAGAGCACUGAAUAUGUUUGGCGGAAACCGAGAGGCGAUGUUAGCCGAACAACAGUUGGCGUACGUACUCUUUUUCACGUUCGGGUGUGGGAAGGGUUUAGAGCAGUGGAAGGAGUUGACAGUGAUUAUCGCGAACGUUAUGGUAGAGUAUAUGAAGGAAGAGGUGGAGAGGAAGACUGGUAGCGAGCAAUCUGCGAUGAAAGAUGCGCGCAUCGACCAAAAAGGCGAAGAGAAAGAAUUUUCCUCCUUCUUCGUGGGAUUCCUCGAUUCCUUGGAGGCGCAAUUCAACGACGACGCGACGAACGAAGGCACGUUGGACGAGGUCGUCUCCGAACUGGCACCAUCGAACUCGCGCGACGAGAAACAACUCUCCGAUAUCCUUCGCGACGCCAUCUCGAAAAGUUAUCACGUCGUUGCCUCCUCUCCAUCCUUCCCUCGCGACGUCGACGACGCCACGUAUGGAUGGCUCGCGCGUUUCGAAACCACCGCCAAACGAGUGUUGCAUCUGAAAAUAUUUAAAAAGCGAACACCACGUGAACUGCACAAUGCACAUCCAACGCUUAUCGUCGACCACGACGCGGAAACCGAGGAUGAACAACCUUUAAUCGUGGAGUUACCCGAAGGCGAGUACGCUCGCAUGGACAAAGACGAGGACGAGAUGGAAGUCGUCGUUGUCGUGGAAGCAGAAGCCGAGGAUAAGAACAACAUAGCCAAAAACGAAAAUAGUGGAAACACUCAUCAAAAUCGAAUGAGUUGGAUGGUCCAAUAG